UCGCUCCGCAGACGCGCUAGCCAGCCUAUGACUUCCCCAGAAACCAGUUCUUCUUGACCUAGCCCCUCCCACAUUUUAAUGAGUGACCAGAACCGGCAGAUGGCCCAGAACGUCUUCCAACUUUGAACCGCGACGCACGCGUCGUUGCCGUUCUCGUGAUCUUAGACGCAGUUGGUCUUCACCUGAGGCCAGAAGGAGCCAAGGCAGCCGCAGCCCUUGCUAAAAGCCUUGCCUACUUAGUGGAAGACAAUCCAGGGUCUGCAUUUCCACUCAAGACGUUUUAUAGUUUUAGAUUCGACUCAAAGUCCAAAUUCUUAUGCAUUAAGCUCAUCCGUUGCCUUGCUCGAAAGGUUGAAUGGAUUUCAGUCACUUCGUUUGGGUUGAAGGGAAUUGCUUUCCAAGACACUUGUUGGACUGAACGUGGGGCAGGGGCCUCUGGAAGCUGCUGGUCAGCUGGCUGGGGGUGAGAUGUAUUGGCCUGCUUGGCCGGGCCUCAGUUACUUGAAGAGGAAGAGAGCAGGACUUGCCGAGUGGCUCCUGGCCGGCAGGAGGCUUUGUGGAGUCAUGGGCUCUUGGAGGCCCAGCAAGCAUGGUGUCUGCAGUCGGUUAUGUUCUUUUGAGACCUCGCCAUCAGGGAGCGCCUGGUGUCACUAAGUGUCUGCUGGUGCUGGAGUUUGCUGUCUGCCUUCUUGCCAUGUCUAACGAAGUAGAAACCAGUACAUCUAAUGGUCAGCCUGACCAACAGGCCGCACCAAAAGCACCAUCAAAGAAGGAGAAGAAGAAAGGCUCAGAAAAGACAGAUGAGUAUCUUUUGGCCAGAUUCAAAGGUGAUGGUGUAAAAUACAAGGCCAAGCUAAUUGGCAUUGAUGAUGUGCCAGAUGCAAGAGGAGAUAAAAUGAGCCAAGAUUCUAUGAUGAAACUAAAGGGCAUGGCAGCGGCUGGUCGGUCUCAGGGACAACACAAACAAAGGAUCUGGGUCAACAUUUCCCUUUCUGGGAUCAAAAUAAUCGAUGAAAAAACUGGGGUGAUAGAGCAUGAACAUCCAGUAAAUAAGAUUUCUUUCAUUGCCCGUGAUGUGACAGACAACCGGGCAUUUGGUUAUGUGUGUGGAGCAGAAGGCCAGCAUCAGUUUUUUGCCAUAAAAACAGGGCAACAGGCUGAGCCAUUAGUUAUUGAUCUUAAAGACCUUUUUCAAGUUAUCUAUAACGUGAAGAAAAAGGAAGAAGAAAAGAAAAAGAUGGAAGAAGCCAACAAUGCAGUUGAGAACGGGAGCGAGGCCCUAAUGACUCUUGAUGACCAAGCUAACAAACUGAAAUUGGCUGUUGACCGGAUGGAUUUGUUUGGGGACAUGUCUACACCUCCUGACCUAAAUAGUCCAACAGAAAGCAAAGAUAUCCUGUUAGUGGAUCUAAACUCUGAAAUCAACACCAAUCAGAAUUCUUUAAGAGAAAAUUCAUUCUUAACAAACGGCAUCACCUCCUCCUCUCUUCCUCGACCAAAGCCUCAGGCGUCUUUCUUGCCCGAAAAUGCCUUUUCUGCCAAUCUCAGCUUCUUUCCCACCCCUAAUCCCGAUCCUUUCCGUGAUGAUCCUUUUGCACAGCAGGACCAAUCGCCACCCUCUUCGUUUGAUUCUCUCAAAUCUCCAGAUCAGAAGACAGAGAAUUUGAGUGGCUUGUCUACUCCGCUGAGUAAUGGGCCCCUGAAUGGGGAUGUUGAUUACUUUGGUCAGCAGUUUGACCAGAUCUCUAACCGGACUGGCAAGCAGGAAGCUCAGGCAGACCCGUGGCCCCUCUCAAGUCCGCAGACCCAGCCAGCAGUGAGAACUCAGAAUGGGGUAUCUGAAAGAGAACAGAACGGCUUCCAUGUCAAAUCCUCCCCGAACCCUUUUGUGGGAAGCCCUCCCAAAGGACUGCCCGUACCAAAUGGCCUAAAGCAGGACUUGGAAAGCUCUGUCCAGUCCUCCACACAUGACUCCAUAGCCAUUAUCCCACCUCCACAAAGUACCAAACCAGGAAGAGGCAGAAGGACUGCCAAGUCUCCAGCAAGUGACUUGCUGACAUCAGACAUCUUUGCUCCUCCGGACUCAGAACCUCCAGGCCAGGCAUCACCUACGGGACAAUCUGCAACCCCACAGACCAACCCUCUGGAUCUCUUCAAGACCAGUGUUUCUCCCCCUGUGGGACCCCUAGCAGGUCUAGGUGGUGUAGCAAUCACACCGCCCCACACAGGACCAUGGAGCCCGCCAUCCCUCGUGUUCAAUCAGUCCCCUUCCAUGGUCCCAGGAGCCAUGAUGGGUGCUCAGCCUGCCGGAUUCAGUCAACCAAUGGUUUUUACCACAAGCCCAGCGGUUGCAGGUUGGAACCAGCCUUCAUCCUUUGCAGCCUCAACUCCCCCUCCAGCCCCUGUUGUUUGGGGCCCAUCAGCAUCUGUGUCACCCAAUACUUGGUCAUCAGCAAGCCCUCUGGGGAAUCCUUUUCAGAGCAAUAUUUUUCCAGUUCCUGCUGUGUCUACCCAGUCCCCUUCUAUGCUCUCCUCUCUCCUGGUCACUCCUCCUCAACCACCUCCCAGAACUGGCCCCCCUAAGGACAUCUCCACCAAUGCCUUCGUUGCUUUGGACCCCCUCGGGGAUAAAGAAGUCAAGGAAGUGAAAGAAAUGUUUAAGGACUUACAACUGCGGCAGCCUCCGGUCCCCGCGAGGAAGGGAGACCAGACUUCCUCGGGGACUUCAAGUGCCUUCUCCAGUUAUUUCAACAGCAAAGUGGGCAUUCCUCAAGAGAAUGCAGACCACGAUGACUUCGAUGCUAACCAACUAUUGAAAAAGAUCAAUGAACCACCAAAGCCAGCUCCCAGACAAGGUGCCCCGCCAGCUACCAACUCUUCUGACAAUGCAUUUGAGAACCCUUUCUCUAAAAAUUCUUUCAGUUCAUCACAAGCCUCUAUGGCUUCUCCUCAACCUGCAUCUCCCGAUGUAUAUAGGGAUCCUUUCGGAAGUCCUUUUGCCUAACUUCUGAACUUGGCUUGCUGACUAUCCAGAGGAACAGAAAGGUUGGCCUUAGCAGUCAAGGACAAAGCUGA